UGUGGCUCUCACGACGCGCAGAAAGCACGACGAGCAAGAACAGCAAGUCUGUUUACAUUCGCGCUUCCAGAAUUUAUACAGAACUCAUUGUUUUAUUUACCUAUUUGAGUGCCGUUCUUGAUACAUUUGGACACUACACUUGCUGGUCAAAACCUGCGAUUGAAAAGAGCUGAAGAGGACCGAGCAGCGACUCCGGCUGCAGAUUUAAAGGUUGUUGGAAAGCCGUCUCCGCUCCGGGUGUCCGGCCCGAGACACAGCCCAUCACAGGACCCAGAAAAGCUUUUCUCUUCAUCAUCCACGCUCUGCAGACGCAACCGGCCAAAAAACAAGCGUUGCUUUCAGAGAAGCCCCGAAUGUGUUUAAUUUUCAGCAGCAAAACCAUGAUUCACAGCGUCGACCACAGCAGCCCCACCUAGGGGCCGAGCAGAGAAGCGCACUCUCCUCACAGGGAGGAAAUCACCCCGAUUCAUGAUGAGCGAUGACAACUCGGACUCCGCCCCCAGCAAUGACAGGCGUGGGGGAGUGGGCGGGGCCGAGGAGGAAGAGGCCAGGCAAGGGGCGGGGUCUCCGGGGCUGAGUGGCGGCUCCUCCUCCUCCUCCUCUGACACCGAUCGCAAGCGAGGGGCCGCCCCCGGGGGCGUGUCCAAGGCCCGCAGCGCCUCGCGGGGCCCCCCGGGGGCCCGGCUGGACGACACGGACGCUCAGUCCAGCGGGAACGACUCGGGCGAGCGGGAGGCCUCCAGGGGGCGCCAGAGCACCUGCAGCUCACAGUUCUCCUCCAGCCACAACGGCAAGGACUCCGCCAUGAUCCUGGAGACCACCGAGAGCAACAAGAGCUCAAACUCGCACAGCCCCUCCCCCCCCAGCAGCUCGAUGGCGUACAGCCUGCUGAGUGCCGGCUCGGAGCAGGACCACCCCUCCACCAGCGGCUGCAGCAGCCAGCAGUCCGCCCGCCGGCAGACGCACAAGGAGCUGAUGAAGGCGCUGAAGGAGCUGAAGAUCCGCGUUCCCGCAGAGCGGCGCGGAAAGGGCCGGUCCAGCACCCUGACCUCACUGCAGUACGCCCUCAACUGUGUCAAACAAGUGCGCGCGAAUCAGGAGUAUUAUCACCAGUGGAGUGUGGAAGAGAGUCACGGCUGCAGUCUGGACCUAUCAGCCUUCACCAUCGAGGAGCUGGACAACAUCACUUCAGAGUACACGCUCAAAAACACCGACACGUUCUCGGUGGCCAUCUCCUUUGUGUCGGGGAAGGUGGUGUACAUCUCUCCCCAGGGGUCCUCCCUGCUGCGCUGCACGCCAGAGCGCCUGCAGGGGGCGCUGUUCUCCGAGCUGCUGGCCCCCCAGGACGUCCGCACCUUCUACAGCAGCACUGCACCCAGCAGACUGCCCCUGUGGACCGCAUGCUCCGGCUCCGUGACCUCGCCCAUGGACUGCACGCAGGAGAAGUCUGUGUUCUGCAGGAUGAGCGGGGGGCGGGGGGAGGGGGGGGCGGUGCGGUACUGUCCCUUCCGCCUGACGCCGUACCAGCUGACGCUGCGCGACUCUGAGCAGGCCGACGCCCAGCCCUGCUGCCUGCUCAUCUCCGAGAGGGUGCACUCUGGAUACGAGGCUCCUCGUAUCCCGGCUGAUAAGAGAAUCUUCACCACCAGCCACACCCCCAGCUGCCUCUUCCAGGAGGUGGAUGAAAGGGCAGUGCCGUUGUUGGGGUAUCUGCCUCAGGAUCUCGUGGGGACCCCAGUGUUGCUCUACCUGCAUCCUGAAGACCGGCCUCUCAUGGUGGCCAUCCACAAGAAGAUCCUGCAGUUUGCGGGGCAGCCGUUCGAGCACUCUCCCCUGCGUAUGUGCGCUCGGAGCGGGGAGUACCUCACCAUCGACACCAGCUGGUCCUCCUUCGUCAACCCCUGGAGCCGCAAGGUGGCCUUCAUCGUGGGGCGGCACAAAGUCCGCACGAGCCCCCUGAACGAGGACGUGUUCACGCCGGUGGGCGGGGCGGGGCGGGGCCUGGUGCCGGAGGUGACGCAGCUGAGCGAGCAGAUCCACCGGCUCCUGGUGCAGCCCGUGCACUCAGGCUCCUCCCAGGGCUACUGCAGCCUGAGCAACGGCUCCCACGAGCUGCACCCCAGCGCUGCCUCGUCCAGCGACAGCGCGGCCGCCCUGGAGGACCCCGCGCCCCUGCACACGCCUAUGACGUUCCAGCAGAUCUGUAAGGAUGUGCACCUGGUGAAGACCAGCGGGCAGCAGGUGUUCAUUGACUCCCGCAGCCGCCCCCCGCCCCGUAAACACGCCAACACAGUGAAGGCUGCUCAGUCCCUGGAUGUGGGGAAGCUGAUCGGUGAGGGCGCCAAAGUGGACAAGAUUCCCCCCAAGCCAAUACUCCCCCCUCCGCCUGAGAGGAGAGAGUCGUCCCCCGCCUAUUCCUACCAGCAGAUCAACUGCCUGGACAGCAUCAUACGGUACCUGGAGAGCUGCAAUGUUCCGAACACGGUGAAGAGGAAGUGCGGCUCUUCCUCCGGCACCACGUCAUCGACCUCUGACGACGACAAACAGAAAGAGGUUCCGGGCGCUAAUGCAGGGGCUCUAGGCGUGGCGGCGGGGGGGCAGAAGGCAGCUCAGAGCCCGGCCCACGCGCUCACAGUGCUGCACAGUCAGGCGGAGAGCGUGUGCAGCUUCAGCAGCACCAUCGUCCACGUGGGCGACAAGAAGCCGCCUGAGUCAGACAUUGUGAUGGAGGAGACUCCUCCCCCCCCUCACGCCCCCCCCCUCACGCCCGCAGCCCCGGCCCCCGUGGCCCCGGCCCCGGCCCCCCCCCGGCCCUGCGGGGGCGGAUCGGGAGGGCAGGCGGGCGGGCGGCUGGGCCUCACUAAGGAGGUGCUGCUGGCGCACACACAGCGAGAGGAGCAGCACUUCCUGGGCCGCUUUCGCGACCUCAACCAGCUGCGCGUCUUCGACCCCAGCUCCGCCCCCCACCCGCACAGCGCCACGCCCCACGCCAGAGGAGUGCGCAGUUCCCGUGAUUACCCAGCAGGCAGUAGCGGCCGGCGGAGGGGUCGCGGGGCCAAGAGGCUGAAGCACCAGGAGGGCCUGGCCACGCGGCGAGGGGGCGGAGCCUCGGGCGUGCACGCUAACGCUAACGCUAACGGGGAGGGCCUUGGGGGCCUGCUGCUCCCCCCUCCGCACCACCUCCCCCUGGGGCCCCAGACCUCCUCCUCCUCCUGGCCAGCAUCCGUCGGCUCCCAGGCCAGCCUGCCCCCUGUCCCCUACCCCCCCGUCCUGCCCCUCUACCCCCUCUACCCGCCCCUGGCCCCACCCAGCGCCCACACACCAGGCUUCCUCAACACGCCCCGAUACCCCAUCCAGACACCCCAGUUACCCCCGCCCCUAGUGCCCCCAAUGAUGGCUUUUGUUCUGCCCAAUUAUAUGUUCCCCCAACUCAACCCGGCCCUGUCACAACUCACCCCAGCCAUGUCACAACUCAACCCGGCCCUGUCACAACUCAACCCGGCCCUGUCACAACUCACCCCGGCCAUGUCACAACUCAACCCGGCCCUGUCACAACUCAACCCGGCCCUGUCACAACUCAACCCGGCCAUGUCACAACUCACCCCGGCCAUGUCACAACUCAACCCGGCCCUGUCACAACUCAACCCGGCCCUGUCACAACUCAACCCGGCCCUGUCACAACUCAACCCGGCCAUGUCACAAUUCAACCCGGCCAUGUCACAACUCACCCCGGCCAUGUCACAACUCACCCCGGCCAUGUCACAACUCACCCCGGCCAUGUCACUGAACUCCUCUCUGCCCAAAGCACCCCAGUUUUACAACCCCAACUCUGCGUUCCCCUUCCUCAGUCCUGCCCCUGUACCCCCACACCCGAUAGCGCCCCCCACGGCUGCGACCCCAACACCCCGCGCCCCGUCCCGCUGCAGCACCCCCCUGUCCUGCAGCCAGCCCCGGGACGGAGUGGACUCGCCCCUCUUCCAGUCCAGGUGCUCCUCCCCCCUCAACCUGCUUCAGCUGGAGGAGUCGCCCAGCAACAGGCUGGAAGCUGCUUCAGCAUUGGCUGCAGCCCAACAGACUCCUCCCCCUAUUGGCGUGGCACCGCCAGAUUGGUCAGGGAAGCAGGGAGGCGGGACUGGAGCACAGGCCUCAGCCAAUCGGAGCAGCGCUGCUGAAGACUCGAAAGAGAAUGAAAAUGUGGAGGCGAAUGAGUCGUCCAACCAGGAUGCCAUGUCCACCUCCAGUGAUUUCCUGGACCUGCUGCUUCAGGAGGUGGAGUCCCGGUCAGGCAGCGGCUCGGCCGCCUCAGGCUCGGGGUCCUCGGGCACCGGGUCCAACGGAUGCAGCACGUCUGGGAGUGGCACCCGAAGCAGCAGCAACACCAGCAGGUACUUCGGCAGCAUCGACUCUUCGGAGAACGAGCACUCACGCAAGCCGGCCGCGGGCGGGGCCGGCGAGGAGCAGUUCAUGAAGUACGUCCUGCAGGACCCCGUCUGGCUGCUCAUGGCCAACACCGACCAGAAAGUGAUGAUGACCUACCAGCUGCCUGUCAGGGACCGGGAGCAGGUGCUGUGUGCGGACCGUGAGGCCCUGCGCUCCAUGCAGAAGCAGCAGCCUCGUUUCAGCGAGCAGCAGAAGCGGGAGCUCAGCAGAGUGCACCCCUGGAUCCGCACCGGCCGCCUGCCCCGCGCCAUCGACGUCCCCGUGUGUGUGGGGUGCCGGUCGCCCCCCCCGGGCCCGGAGGCCCCCCCGUUCGACGUGGAGAUCCAUGACAUGGAGCUGAGUGCCGUGCUGGAGCAGGCUGAGGACGGCGUGCAGCGCGAAACGCCCGACAGCUCUACGCCCCUCGCCCCGCCCGAAACCGCCAUGGAGCAGGGGGACUGCGGGGGGAAGGAAGGGGGCGUAGCCCACUCAAACGACCAGGAAAUGAGCAUGGAGGAGCAGGAAGUGACCUCACAGACAAUGGAGAAGGGGGCCGCUGUAACUGCCAUGGCCCUCUGAGGUGGGGCACACUGACAGAACUCCAGCGUGACUGAGUGCUACAGAACUCCAGCGUGACUGAGUGCUACAGAACUCCAGCGUGACUGAGUGCUACAGAACUCCAGCGUGACUGAGUGCUACAGAACUCCAGCGUGACUGAGUGCUACAGAACUCCAGCGUGACUGAGUGCUACAGAACUCCAGCGUGACUCAGUGCUACAGAACUCCAGCGUCACUGAGUGCUACAGAACUCCAGCGUGACUCAGUGCUACAGAACUCCAGCGUGACUGAGUGCUACAGAACUCCAGCGUGACUGAGUGCUACAGAACUCCAGCGUCACUGAGUGCUACAGAACUCCAGCGUGACUGAGUGCUACAGAACUCCAGCGUGACUCAGUGCUACAGAACUCCAGCGUGACUGAGUGCUACAGAACUCCAGCGUGACUGAGAGCUACAGAACUCCAGCGUCACUGAGAGCUACAGAACUCCAGCGUGACUGAGUGCUACAGAACUCCAGCGUGACUGAGUGCUACAGAACUCCAGCGUCACUGAGUGCUACAGAACUCCAGCGUCACUGAGUGGUACAGAACUCCAGCGUGACCGAGUGCUACAGAACUCCAGCGUGACUGAGUGCUACAGAACUCCAGCGUGACUGAGUGCUACAGAACUCCAGCGUGACUGAGUGCUACAGAACUCCAGCGUGACUGAGUGCUACAGAACUCCAGCGUGACUGAGUGCUACAGAACUCCAGCGUGACUGAGUGCUACAGAACUCCAGCGUGACUGAGUGCUACAGAACUCCAGCGUCACUGAGUGCUACAGAACUCCAGCGUGACUGAGUGCUACAGAACUCCAGCGUGACUGAGUGCUACAGAACUCCAGCGUGACUGAGUGCUACAGAACUCCAGCGUGACUGAGUGCUACAGAACUCCAGCGUCACUGAGUGCUACAGAACUCCAGCGUCACUGAGUGCUACAGAACUCCAGCGUGACUGAGUGCUACAGAACUCCAGCGUGACUGAGUGCUACAGAACUCCGGCGUGACUGAGUGCUACAGAACUCCAGCGUGACUGAGAGCUACAGAACUCCAGCGUCACUGAGUGCUACAGAACUCCAGCGUGACUGCAUCGAUGCUUGUUCAGUCCAGUCAUGUGACAUGACAUCUUUAUGCCAGGGUCAUGUGACAACACUAACUCUUCUGCCCUUUCCAAUGGUUAGCUGUAGGUUUCUCUACCAAAACCCCAAACUCCAACCAAAGACAUAUCACAAGAGCGUGAUGCCUUUUUGAAAGAGGGGUUAAUGCUGAGAGGAAGAAGGCUUGAUAUAUAUAUUUUUUAAGUUGGUUGGUAAAGAGGCUCUUUGAUUUGAAAUGUGAUAUUUAUUGAUGGCAUGAACUAUCACCUAAAACAUCAAAAGUAUUUUCCCGAAAUGUAUUUUAUGAAAAGACUGUCCCUAUUGUGAAUAAUGUAAAUAAACAACAAUGAAUGUAAUUUUGCUUCCCCACCCCCGACGCACGCACACACGCACACACACACACAGGCUUGUCCCCAGUUUGACUGGUGUGCAUUCCCUCUAAAACAUCCGUGUUACCCACCUUCACCACUAGGGGGUGUUAAGUUUAACAGUCAUUACAUUACGUUACGUUACGUUACAUUAAUGGCAUUUGGCAGACGCUCUUAUCCAGAGCGGCAAAUCCACUUAUAUAUCCCCUAAAUUUACUUUUCCUGAAGCAGAUGAAGCUCUGCAACUGCUCUGUUAUUAAUGUUGUAUUUUCAUUUAAAAACACCAGUAUUGACUUCAAGGAGAAAACCUCACCCGUGUAGUUUUGUGGAUCGUAUGCGACCAACACACACACACACACACACACGCGCCUCCAUCCUGUCCUGUUCCAGGGUAUUUGCGAUUGCACUGUACAGGAUGCAGGUCUCUUUUUGUUACAGAUAUUUUUUUGAUAUUUUUUUGGUGUCAUUGAGAUGGGUUCAGAUCUUGUUUGUGAAACACUUUGUAUAUUAUUUUUGUACAAAACAAAAAAGAAAUUAAAAAUGUGCAAAUGUUACUUGUAUACGUUAACUUUCAGACCAAUUAUCUGUGUUUUUUAAUAAAACGGAAAACAGAACAAGAGUUACUUUAUUUUUCUGUCCUUCAGUAUUCGUGUCCUGUGUGCAGCAGUUAGUUUGAUUCGGGGUGAAAAUGGGGACAAACUGAAGGACCGGCUCCGUUUCCCAAGUUGAGAUUGCUGUUCCCAUGGCAACAGCAUUGUUGCACACCAAAUUCUCUUUGAUUGGUGCACCCCAGGGAAGAGAGGACUAUUUUUUGGGGUGAACAGAACCUCAGCUCCCAUUGGCUAAGAUGUUAUAGCAAAAGAACGCUCUGGAUGCAACGGCUGCCCAAUGGACGUCCCUAUUGGCUGAGCGGGGAAACGCGGGACGUCCCUAUUGGCUGAGCGGGGAAAUGCGGGACGUCCCUAUUGGCUGAGCGGGGAAACGCAGGACGUCCCUAUUGGCUGAGCGGGGAAACGCGGGACAUCCCUAUUGGCUGAGCCGGGGAAAUGCGGGACGUCCCUAUUGGCUGAGUGGGGAAAUGCGGGACGUCCCUAUUGGCUGAGCCGGGGGAACGUAGAUAACUGGCAUUGGGGAGGACAGGCUACUCGCACCCCAAUUCCCGUACAGAAUGCUCCGGACUGCUGAAUCCUUAUUGGUCCAUUUGUUUCCCUAGCAGGCAGGGUGGGGCAGGAUCCCCCCCCAUGUUGGGCACAGUCUCUUUGUACUGUUUUUUUCCUUCCAUAAAUAUUGAAAUGAAAUAUU